CGACUCGUAGGUAAUGCGUCCUGGCAACGGGCAAGAGCAUUAGAGACGCUAGCUAGCAAGCUAGCGCAAUAAUUAGCCUGUUAGCUCUAUAUGAGGAGAACAGUAAGUCGAAAUCGGAUUAAACUACUUCUUCAAUCGCAAUACCUUUUGGUGUGAAGGAUAUACUGUGACGCGGAGAUGGCUAUAAAUAACCCAUCGGUGUUUCUACUUAUGAUCAACGGACAAAUUGAAGGAGCGAAUUUUCCAGAGUAUGACGACCUGUAUUGCAAAUACUGCUUCGUCUACGGACACGACUGGGCUCCCACGUCGGGCUUAGAAGAGGGCAUUUCUCAGAUCACCUCUAAAGGGAGAGAAUCUCCUCAUAGGCUGGUGUGGAACUUCCCUUUGGAGAUUACCUUCAAGAGCACCAACCCCUUUGGCUGGCCUCAGGUGGUGGUGAGCGUGUAUGGACCUGAUGUGUUUGGUAAUGACGUGGUGAGAGGUUAUGGAGCCAUGCACAUCCCGUUCACACCAGGACAACACACAAGAACCAUCCCCAUGUUUGUUCCUGAGUCUACAUCCAGGCUACAGAAAUUCACUAGCUGGCUGCUGGGAAGACGUCCCGAGUACACAGAUCCUAAGGUGGUGGCGCAGGGGGAAGGACGAGAAGUGACGAGGGUUCGCUCACAGGGUGUCGUCACGCUGUCUUUCAACAUCAUCACCAAAGACAUGAAGAGACUGGGCUAUGACACGACACCCACAGACGGCGUGCACAUGCACACGGCUUCAGCAACACAGGCAGCAGGACAGCAGCUGUACAGCCUGUAAUGUACAAGACACACACAACCCACUGCGAAGGAUGGCGACUGGAGUAGUCCUUCACACACAACCAUGGACACACUCCAAGAGUGACUCACUAACACUUCAAUAAGGGACUAUGGAUAUGUGUGGAGACCCAGUCAGACGAGGUUUGCUGUAUGAAAGCAGGUGUGCUAGUGGAUCAGGCUGAUCCUGAGGAGAACUCUAGCUGACUAUCCACGGUGUGCUUGCUACAGGGGAGUUUUGUAUUUUUGUAUAUUUAUAAUACAUUAUAAUACAUUUAUAAUACUGUAAUUCAUGAAAGGGUUUCCUGUGAUGUCCUUGGUGAGUGGUACUGGAGACCACUGUGCACCAGAAAUGCUCACACUUGAGGUCCACAGCUGAAGUCAGACUUUUUAUUUUUAUGUUUUGCAGCUAGUUCGUUGUGUGACUUGCUGCAGUUUUAGAGGGUGUUAAAAUACCACACUGUGACUCUCCUACUAAAAACCAGUACACAGAAUAAGGUACAGAACAUUAUGUUACAAUAGUACAAAUGAUAAAUUAUAUUAUACAGUUAUAAUGCCAAAGAGUUGAGCACAUAUCCAUAAAAAAGCAGCCUGCUCCUGGGGUUAUGGUAAAUAUACAGACAGACUGGACCAUGAACGUGAUACAGACUUGUUUAUGCUCAAGUCCACAAUGUUAGUCCUCCAUGAUAAAACCCUAACAAUGCACUGACAGAGGAGCUACUUAGCACACACUGAGAUAUAUUCCAGAAGACUCUUCGGCAAAACUAAACAUUUGCACAACCACAAGCGUUUAGUCAUUUCUUUUUUUCUUAAAUCAAAUUAUUUUUUAAUGUUUGCAUAUUUAAAUGUUGCUUAACGGUGUGUGGUCUGUGAGGAGCAUCACCUGGUCCUGCGCCUGAGAGAAGAGGGAUGUCUGCUGGAGGCUGGCUGCUUGGCCGUAGCACCACAGCUGACCAGGAGAGGGCGCUAGCUCACCCAGAGAAAACCAUGGGAACCCUUCACACAGUGAUUUCUGAACAGGGAAGUAAAAUAAGAAAAAAACAGGUUCCUAUGGCAGGGAUUGAUGGAGAGUUUCUACAUGUUAGGGUAAUAAGAAUAACAA